GCCCUUACUGCGCACACCCUGCCAAAACAUCCUCUAAGCUUUUAAAUAUUGCUUCGAUGGUCUGAAUUUUUAUUUCCAGGGAAAAAGAGAGUUUUGUCCCACAGUCAGCAGGCCACUAGUUUAUUAACUUCCAGUCACCUUGAUUUUUGCUAAAAUGAAGACUCUGCAGUCUACACUUCUCCUGUUACUGUUUGUGCCUCUGAUAAAGCCAGCACCACCAACUCAGCAGGACUCACGCAUUAUCUAUGAUUAUGGAACAGAUAAUUUUGAAGAAUCCAUAUAUAGCCGAGAUUAUGAGGAUAAAUACCUGGAUGGAAAAAAUAUCAAGGAAAAAGAAACUGUGAGAAUACCCAAUGAGAAAAGUCUUCAAUUACAAAAUGAUGAGACAAUAACACCAUUACCUCCCAAGAAAGAAAAUGAUGAAAUGCCCACGUGUCUGCUGUGUGUUUGUUUAAGUGGCUCUGUAUACUGUGAAGAAGUUGACAUUGAUGCUGUACCGCCCUUGCCAAAGGAAUCAGCCUACCUUUACGCACGAUUCAACAAAAUUAAAAAGCUGACUGCCAAAGAUUUUGCAGACAUACCUAACUUAAGAAGACUUGAUUUUACGGGAAAUUUGAUAGAAGAUAUAGAAGAUGGUACUUUCUCAAAACUUUCUCUGUUAGAAGAACUUUCACUUGCUGAAAAUCAACUACUAAAACUUCCAGUUCUUCCUCCCAAGCUCACUUUAUUUAAUGCAAAAUACAACAAAAUCAAGAGCAGAGGAAUCAAAGCAAAUGCAUUCAAAAAACUGAAUAACCUCACCUUCCUCUACUUGGACCACAAUGCCCUGGAAUCCGUACCUCUUAAUUUGCCAGAAAGUCUACGUGUAAUUCAUCUUCAGUUUAACAACAUAGCUUCAAUUACAGAUGACACAUUCUGCAAAGCUAAUGACACCAGUUACAUCCGGGACCGCAUUGAAGAGAUACGCCUGGAGGGCAAUCCAGUCAUCCUGGGAAAGCAUCCAAACAGUUUUAUUUGCUUAAAAAGAUUACCUAUAGGGUCAUACUCUUAACCUCUGUCAGUACAACAUAUAAACUAAAGUACAUCUACACUUAUAGUCUGUCUCAACAAUGUGUAAAGGAACCUAAGUAUUGGUUUAAUAUUAACUUUGAAGGAAUUUGAUAUUUUAAGCAAGGAUGUUCAAAAUCUCACAUAGUAAGUAAAAAGUAAGAUUGAAUAUCUAUAGUCAAAACAAAGUAAUGUGAAAAUAUUUAAACAGCAUUAUAAAAUCCUAGUUUAUACCAGACUACCAUUUAAAAAACAUGUUUUUAUAUAAGUGCCCAAAUUUGAGAUGCAUUAAUUCUGUUACUAAUGAUGUAUGUAAGAGUAUAAAUCCAAUAAAUUUUCAACUCUUUGUCUUUCCUGGUCUUUACUGGAUCCCAAAAGCAUUUAAGGUACAUGUUCCAAAAACCUUGAAAAGUUAAAUGUUUCCCAUGAUCACCCAUUCUUCUUUUAUGAUUCAUACAUUAUUCCUUAUAAAGUUAGAACUUUGUUUUCCUAUCAAGGCAGCUAUUUUAUUAAAUUUUCACUUAGUCUGAGAAAUAGGGCAUAGUCUCAUAUGUAGGCAAACUUUCCAAAUAAAAUAAAUGUUAUUCUCUGAUAAAGAGCUAAUACAGAAAUGUUCAAGUUAUUUCACUUUCUGUUCACACAGUUAAUGUCUUCAGUAAAAUAUUUUUAUUUAUCUAAAGAUUAACAUUCUAAGACUACCCAGAAAAAGCUUUUAAAGUCAAGCAGGCCAAAACCAGUGUGCUUAUAGUGGCUAUAGCCAAAAAAAUAGAAAACAUGAAAAGUCCAUCAUAACCAUUAAGUUCUCUAUGGUAAAGGCUUUCAAAUAUGAGAUAACUGCAAAACAUUUUCCUUUUAUUUAGAAAUGAGAAUCUCAUCAAUAAAUUAGUUCAAACAUAAGAUGAAAACAGAAUAUUCUGUGGUGCUAGUGCACACUACUUUCCCACCCAUACACAUCCAUGUUCACUGUAACAAACUGAAUAUUCACAAUAAAGCUUCUAAGUAACACUUUCUGAUUAUUUAUGAUAAACUGAUAUGGCUAACUGCAAGAAUCUAAUCUUCAAUCUAAGAAUAAUAGUUUUUGAUGACUCAGUGCUGCCAGAGUAAAGUUUCCAAAAUAACUUUCCUCUUGCUUGUACCUCACUAAAAGUCUUAGUCUACACUUUGCAUUGAAGUUAAACAAAAUUAUCAGUGUUUUAGAAACGUAAGUCUGGACUAAAUAAAUAAAAGUAAAAACGUUAUUUCCAUCAUGAAGUAUGUAUUGAAAUCAAGUUGUCUCUGUGCACUAUUCCCAGAAUACAUACUUAUUCCCAUUUUUAAGCAUUUGCUUCUGUUUUUUUCCCUACCUACAAUGAUGUCACAUGUUUUUCAACUAUCCCCUUGUUUGUCAAAGCUGACCUCAAGAUAAAAUUUUUGAUUAAAGCAUCUGAGAUCUAAGACCACAAUUACUAUUCUAACAAUGAUUAUUAGCUCAUUCACUUAUUUUGAUAACUAAUGAUCAUAAUUAUUAUAAUGUUUUCUCAUUAUUUUGUGUGCAUGCCUCAUUUUCCUGUGACUUAAAGCUCACUACAAGCACUAAAUGCAGCUUUAUACUUUAUACUUUCAAAGUGCUAGCACAAUAGUGAGCACAUUUGAAUUGAAUAUACAAUAAAUAUUGCAAAAUAAAAUCCAUUAAAUAGAAA